AUUCCAUUUUUUUUUCAUACUGGAGUCCCUUAUCCCCGGGGGAGUGUCCAAGUUGCGUACAAAUGCCCUACCCUGCUGACACCAGAUUUGACUGUCAUAAACAGAGAACUUUUUUUAUCUCGCACGGUCUUUUGGGGGUCUUAUAAAGCCUAACUGUGGCACUAAUGUCCCCAAGUAGAAUUCAAAAUACACCACACUUUGACAUUGAGUUAGAUAUUUUUCUCAAACAACCGCUUCCAUAUGUUUAACACCCUUCCCACAUUCCCUCCGAGAGAUACUUGAACUGUAAUACUUCGCUUUCAAAUUUCUCACCCUACCCAGGUAAGGUCAAUUUUCUCGUCCUAGACAUCGAUCUCGGAAGGGCCUUUUUGCGUACUCUUGGGCGCCAAAACCAGUUUAGUGCCCAGCCGUGUGCCGUGCUGAGGCAGGCAGAUGUUGAAUUAUGGAAAGACACAACAAUUAAGUUACAGACAUUUGAUGUUCCGGUCCGUGCGUGGUCGGACGACACCCAGCAAAUAAUGCCCAUGGGGUUGCCCAAGGAAAAUUUGGGUUUUACGAGAGUCGAACUGCAGGAGGUCUUUAACGAGGAAAAGUGCGGACACAUCUACUUUUUGGAGUGAAUGUGCUGCAUGCAAUUUUUAAGUUACAAUAUACUAUAGAUAAAUCUAAUUUGUUUCUAAAGUUCCUCUCAUACACCGAGUAGUUUAGGACAUACAGGGAACGCAGAGAUCAGACCAUUGCAUCAUGGAAAAUUCUCAAUUAGACUGUCAUCGUAAAAAGUGGUCGCGGUCGCUUACUGGAUGUGGAUGUGUUCGUUUACAGGAGGUUCCAACUACAAGCGCUUUGACUUGAUAAUAUAUUUGGUGUGUUGAAUAAGUGAUCGCUGAUUGGGAAGUGGUCACUUGUUGGAUGGUCGCACGUAGGUUUGACGGUGCCUCGUUAAGCGAAAAUUUGUUAAAAUGUAAGAGAAAUCCUAAAAUUGUAAUACAGUGGAAGCUCUCGUACGAGGGCGCCCUCGGACAGGAAAAAAGGUGUCCUUAACUGGAUCUGGCCGCUUACAAGAAUGAAUCUCAUAUGCAGCAUAGUUAUGCAAGUGGAAUUCAGCCACUUUAAAAGUGGUGUAAAGGUUAGAUAGCCGCUUACGGAAGCUCCUCCCAGCUACAAGUUAACACUGGUAAUAGCAAAAAACUGUUUUUUAGUGUAUGGUUACGCUGAUGUUCUUGCCUUGUGGUAAUUUAGGUAAAAGGAUACAAUUCAGUUUGUCUUUUCAAGUGUAACCGGACGAGUAUGUGAAAAAACGGCAACUCUGAAAUGGAUAUAUAAGAAUGAUUCAUAACAGUGACAAACAGCCAUAUGACUGUGGACAUGAUAUGAAAAAAAAAAAACAACAUUCAGAGGCGGAUAAGAUUUCUUUCGAGUGUCUGCUUAGGAGAACUUUAAAUCAAAGCUAACAUCUAAUUCGCCGGUAAACCCUUUAAGUGUCCGCGGCCGCCUACGGGAAUGUAAAAAUCCAGAGUUUGUGUGGGAGUUGAAACGGUAUUUUGUGAUGGCGGUCGUAAGUAGAGCUAUUCGCUAUAUACGAGAGUGUCCGUUAAGAGAACUUAAUCUAGUGUAUGAAUCCGCAAAUGACAGCUUAAAUGAGAAGUGAAUAUAGUGUAUUAGUCUGUGUUCAAGAAACUGUUCUCUUACACCUUCCUUAUAGCCAAAGAAGUCUGGCCGACUUUUUUUGCAAUGUAUUAGUGCCCCUUUUGGGUCUUUUUGUAUUCCUCAGAAGUUUUUCCUCAACACGUUUAUAAACGGUUAUUAUUAUAUUUUUGUAGUCAAUAAUAUACCCAGAUACAGAUACCAACCUGUAUAGUUGUAAGACUACGAGGAUUAAAAUACAACUAAGUAAGUAAUUAUACCCAGUGGUAAGUCAUUAAUUGUCUAAAAACUGCACGGCACGGUCUGACUACAAAAAGGGAUAUUAUGGACCAUUAUUAUCAUGGUAAUUAAUGUCAACAUCGAAUAAACUCAAAAUUUCAAGUAACACAACUUUCACAACCUAUUUUCAACACACCAGUCAUAACAGGAUAUUGGCGCGUACAACAAUAGAUAGCGUAUUCCGGAUUCCGGAGUCCGGUAGUCCGGCGUCACAGAUUCCUUCCUUUUGGCAGAGUCUAAAGUCCAAGAUGGAGGGCGUUCGAGCAGGUGGUUGUUUUCUGUAGAUAUAGACGGAUUGUCCGUGAUCCUUCUUGUCCUUUGAGAAUGAUUUUGUUCUUUCUGACUACAACUUAUUUCAAAGACUUCGAAUGGUCGGUGAAAAGCCAACACUUUUCAUUCUGCAAUGUUUCAAGAUGUUUCGAUUUCAUUACCUCGUCACGAAGUAACGCCACAAAGGACCAGACGAAACUGGGGCAGCAAGUCUGGACUAAAGCUCCUGAGAGACGUGUAUGUAACAUUUAUUCACUAUCUUUUAUCCUUGUUGGGUCUUGUUUCACCUACAAGUUGGACCGAUGGAAGUUUUGAACAACUCUUUUGCUCCUUGUGUUUACUCAAGCGUUCCAUAAAAUAUCUAUCCAAACGUCCACAAAUAACACAGAAAACAUGCCUCAGGUGACACGUUCUAACAAUUCCGCUAUUAGUAUCGAUAAUGACGCAUGUGAUUUGUGACUUCUCGUCAACUUUGUGCUAUUUUUGUUUAAAAAAAACGAAUGUUACGUUUCUUCCAAUUUUGGUCAAAUGACAAAUAAGCGUCAAGUCAGAUGUACAUAAUACGUCAUUAUUGAUAAAGUAUGAGAUUGCCCAAAUAUUUUAUGAUUGAUUUGAUAACCUUAAAGAUGUCUUUCAAAGAAUAUGUGAGAAUUACGUACAUAGGUUGUUGCUCAUGGGAGAUGUUAGCCACUAAAAUACCUUAAAUUUAGGGUUUGGUCAAAACAGUGACAAGAUGUCCUUAAUUUAGGCUAAAUAAUAGGAAGAAAUCGAAUUAGAGAGUAAAAAUAAAUUACUGAGCAUUAAGUUUGAUAAACAUAGAAGAUGAUAAAGUUGAUUAGAUUUGAAGUUGUCUUUUCUUCUUGUUGAACAGCCAAACCAAAGUCAGCUAAUUAAUUAUGCAAAAAUGAGUAGAUUUUGUCGUUUUUAGGGGGGGUCCCUGUAAAUCCCAGGGAAUUCAAUAUUGCGACCUUGUUUUUUGUCGAGGUGAAUAUCUCACCACACCCAUCAAUUGUGCCAAGUUUGAGCGAAAUCCGUGAUUUGAGCAUUAUCACCUCCUGCCUGGUUCUCUCAUGGACACACUCUUAAUUUUUUUUUUAAAUCUUAUUUUCACUGUGACAAGUAUUUUGCUGUACCUUGUUGCUUCAGUUCCCCCCCAGUAGUCCUGUUAGUAGUACAGCACGCACUAUUUACUCCUUUUUUGAAGUGGAUGAUGUCAUUCCCUUUUGUCUUUUAUAGCUCACUAAUGAAAUGCAGAGGAAUCUCAUUAAGAUAAUGUCACAUGCUAUUGUUAGGUCAGGUUUAACAGUUUUGACGGGUUUAGCUGAUGAUGUCAUAGUUUAUUUGAAGUUGGUCUUGAUGUCACCUGUGAUUAAAAUUCACUGAAUCACAAUUUUCAUUAGCCAUUCACCAUUUUCACUUAGACCUUAAUGCACCUUGUUUGCCCCCUUCCCCCCAAAUUUUACAUAACCAUUUGUUUCCAUUUUUUAUCGGGUACAGCAGUCAUUUUAUGGUCUAUGUGAAAAUGGUGAAUUGGAGGAUGUAUAGGAAAAUCUGUAUAAGAAAAAAAACAACGAUGGUAAAACAGAUAACAUUUAUAAAGGAAUUAUCAGUAAAAAAAGAAAGGUAAAUUUUUGUUUACGAGAGUACCUCAUUAAUUUUAAUGUUUAGCGAAGUAUCAAAAAGCGAGAAAAAGAGAAAAUGGCGCUACAACUUUAUCUCAGCAGAAAAUUUGUUUGUAUUUUAGCCUCCUACUCUCACCCAUGCAAAAAGACUUCUCAAAAUGCCAACAGAACGCUGUGCGAGGUUGAUGGUAGUAAGCAUGGCAAACAAUUUGGACGAAGUCUGGAUAACAGAAAAUCCAUAUCUUGCAGCUACUUAUUUCAACCAGUACUUUCCAAACUUCUUCAGAUGGUACGUUUAGCUUGGUGCAAAACAAUAAUAUAAUAAUAUUGUAUCAUCUUACUAUCUUAUUAUCUGAUUACCUUUACUAGUUAAAGAUAAUAAUAAUAAUUAAAAAUGUAGCUGCAAUGGUUAUGAAACCUUAAGCUUUGUCAGACUUCUUUGUUAUAUGUUCUUUUCUGCACAACUUUCAUUGAAACCCUCUUAGGGGACGACCAUGCUUUUAACUUUUGAGGGGUGUGGGUGGGUGGGUGAUUAUAAAAAAAAUUUCCUGCAUGUGCUUGUCGGAAGAAAAAAAUUGCAUCCAGUGCAAAUGGAAUAAUAAAGAAUUCUUGCACUGCUGUAAGAAAGUUAUUUCCUCGUUCAAAGAGCUUUACAAAACCCCAGCAAAACAUACAAAAAAAUUAUUCUGCUUCGUACAACCAUUGUAUUACAAUCAACAUAUCAAGAAAUAUGAGUGUUAUUUUCGGGUAGCCUGCUAUUAAGAAAGUCGGGCUUCCUGUUUUUUUUCCCCUGUUUCUUUUUGGUGGCCUGAAAGAGAGUCAGUGCCCAGAAAGUGGCCUGUUUUCACAGCAAAAAGCAUAAGGAACACCAUCACUUUGGUUUUAUUUUCAACUCUGAGGUACUGAAUUUAGAGGUGGACUCUAUUUUUUAUAUAAUAUACAAACCAUAUAUAAUUCACUAUAUAAAUUUCAGUUCUGCUUUCACACCUUUUCUGGAGAUUUCUUCCACAAUGUAAAUUUUAAGUGAUGUUUCUAGCAGUAUUUAUCAUACUAUGAGCAUUUCUGGCUAUUUAUAUUUUUAAUUAAGAAUCUAAACAUUUUCACAUUUGCUUGAUAGGCGUCACUUUAUAAUGAUGACAAUAUUAUAGUGACUUCUUAUGACAUGAGUGGAAAGAAUGACUUUCCGAAAACAUAGCUAUACAAAAAUGAUUUUGUAUAACUUACUAAAUUUUUAGGCUUUGCAACUCCAUAUCAGGACCAUUACUGCAAAAGCCACAAUGUAAAUGUAAAUACAUUUUUACAAAAACCUGGACUGAACCUCUUUGAGGAAAAAAAAUCCUUCAGGCAAAUGAGAAGGGAGAAAAUAUCCUGCCCAGCAGGUUUGCAUUUCACAUUUUUCAUAAAUCAUAUGCAGAGUUAGCGAUUGUGUCAGUGUGUUUGUUGCUCACUCUAUUCUCAUCAAUCCCUUCCUUGUCUGUUCAACAUUCAGGACUGUGAAGAAAAUUGGAAUGAAGAUGACAAGAGAGCUUUUGGACUUUCCCCAAGACAAGGAUGCAUAAAUUACAUAUUACGAGUGAAGACGUGACUUAAGAAUGGCUGGUGUACCUCUUGAAUCGUUGUAGGAUGUUCUUUUUACUGAAAAGCAAUCUAAAUCGGCUAAUUUUGGCGAUCAAAAAUUCGAUUACUUUGUAAUCAGUUCUAUUUAGAAACAAAACAUUCUUGACCCGCGAUCCUCCAGAUUGACAUUUGAAUCUAGCUUAAGACUCGGUGUUCCAUGGAGGCAACUAUAAUCAUAAACUUAAGUCUUGAGACAAAUGUUGCACUUGUAUAGGUAACGCUUGCGGUGACACGUAGCUUGCGUAGCAAGCGUUUUCGUGCGGUUUCCGAACGAGAGUCAAAGACCGUGCGAAAAUUGGCCAAAACGGAAAAUCCCGUUCCUCGGUCUUUCUUUCCUCCCAAAUCAAAGAGAAACACUUGCUAUGCAGGCUACGUAGCGACACAUGGCAGCGACAAAUCGCUUCCUAUGUACUGGAGAAUUUUCGUGAAAAUCUUUGUCUCUGCAACAGAACUUUGUCGCCGCAACAAGUCGCACAAAUUCCGUUUAAUUUCUCUCUCCUUCGCAGAGGCCUCUUUGUGUUGUAGGGGGGAGCCUCUGGGGAGGAGAGAGGUCUGAUUUGAUCAUUUGCGACAUGUUGCUGUAACAAAAUUCUGUUGUGCUGGCUUUGGUUUGUCAAAGCACGUAAUUAGGGACACACCCUCUCUCGCAUGGUUUUCGUCAGUGUCAGGUUUCUUCUGCGUUCUAUACAUGUUCCUUUGUCUCAAAGGUCAUUUGUGGUCUCUACUUGAUUGUUUUACCCUCCCUCCUCUCCCAGGGGGUAAUUUUCUUCUUUCGCCUUUCAUCAAUAAAGAUUGUUUUGCCCCAAACAUCUCUCGCCUUCUCUUGUGUGGUAACUAAUUCAGAGACAAAGACUGAUUUUGUGGGGAAGCUACGUCCUUCUUAUUCCCUUAGAGCUAAUCCGUAACAACCUUGACUGACUCUGUCAGAAAGGCUCGCGAGGCCCUACUCAUCGACAAAGAUAUGACAUUAGUCCCCCAUGGUAUAAAUAGAGGUGAUGAACUCAAUUAGUGACAUUUAUCUUUUAGUCUCUUACCUCAUUCUCUCUUGCUACUGUUAUAGAGUCUGGAAACAAUAGCUACACUUGUUAUGUAAAUUACCCCAUUUUUUGGCAAAAGUGUUAUUAAAUUGACCCCUGCACUUUAGCCCCACCGGUGUCAAGCUUUUGAAAGGUAAAGGGGAAAUUGGCAGGAAGGACGCCAUUGAAGCGUUGCGUGACAAACAUUAAAGGGAUUCCUGCUAGUUCGUCAACUAUAAGUGUUCCACUGGAUUGAUUGAAACUUAAUUCUUACGGUUUUCAGGAAUUUUUAAUUUUGAAAUUUAAAAUUAAAGAGGGCAACAUUACAAGGAAAUUAACUUUACUUUUAGUUUGUACAGAUUUGCUCUUUCCCCCGAGACCACUUCUCUUUUUAAUAGUCUCCCUCGCAGUCGUUCUUUCGUCACGCAACGCUCCUGUGGGUUUAAAAAGUGUUACGCAACUGGUCACCAUGAAAAUCAAAGAAUCCUUAUGGCUAACUCGUGGAUUUAAUUAUUUUGAAAAUAAAAGCUGAUAAUUAACUUGCAAUUAGUCUACCGAUAUAAUUUAAGUCUGUCAAGUUUAAAAAAACAAACCAAACUAAUUAAACAAAAGCAAAACGAUACCCUGCGAGCAGAGGCUACAUUUUCCCGGUUUGAGCUGGCGUGCGAAAAGUAGCUUAUGAAGGCAACUCGUCCUAUGAAAGCUACAAUAUCAUAACAUCGAAAGCUCUGGGCACACUGCACGCUCAGCAGUUCAUUUGGGAACGAUCGAUCAACUAUAUCGAUCAAUUAUAUCGGGCAACUUCAAUAAUUACGAAAUACGUCUACAUAUGAGUGACACAUAUGCAUAUCGCAGUGCCUACAAUAGCUCCUUCCUUACUCUACGCGUAAUCCAACUGGUGGUCUAUUAUCAACGCUGCGUUCUGAUUGGUUGAGCUACUACUAGGCUAUAUAUGUUAUAGCCUUCUAGUGGCGAAAAGCCCGGGCUUUUUGUCGGCAAAAAAGGAUUAAAGUCUAGCUUUAACUAGCUAAAAUUUUUUUAUUCUCGAUAUUUUUGACCAACUAGUUGGAUUUUACUAAAACAAUUAUUUCCUCUCGCUCUCAUGGCCUCUGAGUCAAUAGCCCAUUCGGCCGUUAUAGACUCAGAGCCCAUUAUUCGGGCUCAAGGAAUAAUUGUUGUCAUUGUUAAUUAGAGGAAUAUUCGUCACGGGGGUGAUUCGUGUCGCAUUAUGGUUCGAACACUUUUGGUUCUUGCAGUCUUAGUUCCUCUUGUGUGCUUCUUGCUCGUGAAAUAUCAGGAUGCAGAUUUUGUGCUUAUGAUUUACAAAUUGAUAGGUGAGAAUCCCGCCGUAGCGUUACGCGGGAAAGUUGUGUGGAUCACAGGUGCUUCAAGCGGUAUCGGUGAAUAUUUAGCUUACGAACUGGCUAAAUGUGGCUGUAAGUUGGUACUUUCUGCACGAAGAAAAGAUGAAUUAGAAAGAGUCAAGAAAAAUUGUGCAGGUAGGUAAAAAACGCUAUAAAUAUGAAUACGGUAAGCUUAUAUUAUAACUGCGUCGAGGAACGGAACGACGGUGUACAGUGUCCGUAAUAGCGAGAGUCCGAAAUAGCGGGGUGCGAGAAAGAAAUGUCUUGAUAUUAUAGGAAUUACAAAUAUUUAUACUGUAUAUUGUCGCCAUAACCAAUUGCAGUGCAGUUUUCGCAUGUAAAGAGCUUCAUAACUUUUCUUACAAGCAAAACGAAUCGUAAGAGCACAGACUGCACAGCAUCUCUGACUGCAUCUCUCUUUCGUUCACCACGAUAAUUACAGUAAUUAUUAAAUACAAACGACUAAAGCAACUUUGGAAUGCCCUCUCUGAAAUAAAAAACCCAGAAAUGCUUUGACAAUUUGUUAAAAACAGUAUAUGAGCUGGCUUAGGACUGCGAAUUUCAGUUAGGUAUUUACAAAAUUUAUGGCGGAAAGAUUUUCCUCGAUGAGAAUAAAAGAAGAAGAACUCAGAAGAAGCACAAAUGAAAGGAAAGUGACAAAAGGAUGUCAGUAAAACGCGGGGUCGAGGUCUAUCUUUUUUUUGAAAGAUGCUGUUUUAGGGUAAGGGUCAACCCUGAUCCUAACCCUAACCCUAACAAAGCGUUCGUUAAGAAAAAGAUGGACUCCGACCCCGACCCCGCGUUUAUUGACACCCGUGACAAAGGCGAAGUCAAAAGGAGGAGGAAAUAAAUUAUCAUUUGAGAUAAUUCCGCCUAAACGUUUAAAGGUUCAGAUUUUGAUAAGAAUACAUUUUAAAGCUCAACUCAGUGCUAGAGCAAGUCUCACCCUGGGGGUGUGUGUGUUGGUAGGGAGGGAGGGGUGGCAUAACUGUUCUAAGUAUGGGCGAGGAGAUGUGUCUGAGUGUGAAUCCAUUAAGGAUAAACAAGAAACCUGAAUACUUGCCCAGCACAUGACAACAAUAGCAGUGUGUGAGCUCUGUCUAGAGCAGAGGACAAAUACAUGUACAUGUAAGCCCAGAUAAAAUGUAUAGCCUGCUCUUGAUAGAGAGGAAAAACACACUUUGUCAAAGAGCAUGUAAAGGUGAAAACAUAAUGAAGUACCCUAUCCCCAAGUGACCCCUGAAGUCGGAAUGCAGGUAGAAGCAAAGAUUUUCUUUAGAGGGUGUCAAUGGGGUAUAGCUGUAGUCAGUAAACAGCUAAGAAUAUGCUAGUUAGUCAGUAAGCAGCCAAAAAAAGGUGUUUAGUCAGUUAAUUGGCAUGGUUAUGUGUCCUGCAGACAUUAAAAUUGUUUAUAGGGUGGUGUUUCCAAAUCAAUCACUCCCCUAAGACUCAAACGUUCUGUCCCACUUUUCCAGUAUGCAAUGCACUGGUUUGCAAUAUUCUUUAACACUUCAUUAAAUCAGUCUGAAGACAAUUAUUUCUGACAAAUCCAGCCUAAUCUGUGAUGCCAUUUUGUUUUCCAUGGUUGAGCCUGGGAGACACAACCACUCUCUGCUUCAUCCUCUUUCUGUGAAUAAAAUACAGUCAUUGUCCCACUUAUAUCAUAACUAAAAUGAUAUAGGACGGUGUAAUCAUGCAAACGCGCACUCUUGAAUGGGUUCAAGGUCAGGAAAGGGAAUCAGUAAUAAAACUUUUUGUCCAAUUAACAAUCUGUAAUUAUAAUGCUUGUCACUCACUAGGAUGAAAAAAUUGGAUUCUCACUUAAUGCAGUCGCGUGUCCAAUUUUGAUUCAUCGUUCGAAGAUUACAGGGGGAAUUAGACUUCAUUCGUCCUAUUACUCGGAUCAUAGACACUUAGUACACACCUAUUUGCAAGAUCGUGUAAGCAAAGAGGUAGGACGCUGAGACAAUAAACCAUUUUAUAGUAGUGGGCUUAUAAUAACCUAGUCAUCACCUUAAGCAUAAGAACAACGUGAUUAAAAUAAUCGGCUCAACCACAGAAUGUCGCAGUCGCAUAUACUUCUUCAGCAAACAGACUUAAGUGUACUGGGAAGAUAUUAACAAGUACAUCUCUAUCAUUCUAUCUCACCAUAUCAUCUUUUUAUUUCAUAAAGUGUUCAUUUACUUGUUUGAAUCAAUUUCUAACUCUUUGGGUUUACUUCGCUCCGUAUACGCUUAAAAGAUUACCUGUUUUAUACGCUUGUCAGUUAAUAUUUUGUAAUUUAUAUGUUUACGAUAGUAAAAAAAGGCAUUUAUACAUUAAGCAGUUAAUCCCAUUGGCCCCCUAGUACUGAGUUUGUUUUUACUAUUUCUUUCCUACUAGCAAUUUCCCUUGCCAUUGACCCAUCAUUUAAAAAAGAUCAAGAAAUUCUAGUCCUUCCAUUGGACUUGCAAAAAUUUGAUGCACAUGAAAAACUGGCCCAAGAUGUCCUCAAGCAUUUUGGAAAGGUAAAUAGAAACUAG